AUGAUGUCGGGGGACUUUACUAGUUGAUCGUUGUCAAUAUGUAAAUUCAUGAAUAAUUAAAACAUAUGGAAUCUUAACUUUAAAUGUUAAGGGUUAAUAUUUUAGGCGUGUUUCAAUUAUUGAUGUCCAUCGUACAUAUUCGCUGUAUGCUUUUCUAUCUUUGAAAAGUUUAGCUACCCCGAUUUUUGCAUUCGACUACGAUAACCUAUGGCAGACGCCGAGAAAGUCUUCCGAUGUUACCGUAUGAGCUUGUGGACUGGAGUACAUAUGACGUCCUAUCGCUGUCAUUUAAAUCACGUAGUUCCAUAUUACAAUGCAUUGGAUGUACAUAAUGAUUAAUGUCAAAGUAAAUAAUGUUAAUAAUUAUCCACUGUUACACCUGUAACCUAAUUCAUUGCAAACGCUUAAGAAAACACCAACGAUCUACGUUCUCUAUAUUUUACGGUAAUUACAGUGUCUGAGCAUGGUGUGAUUCACUGUGACAUCGCGGCAAUAUGCCGAAUUGUAUAUCAAGUUAGUGUUAACAAGUUAGAAUUCCGUUAUGGCAACGAUGAUGGCUAAACCGAAGCUCAUACUUCUUUUCAGCGGUAAACGUAAAUCCGGGAAAGAUUACGUUACAAACCUGAUUCACCAGAGACUUGGCAAUGAAAUAUGUUGUAUCCUGCGACUGUCUGGUCCGCUCAAAGAACAGUAUGCUCGGGAACGGGGACUAGACUUCGAAGAACUACUGGGAUCAGGGCAGUACAAGGAGCAAUACCGUGCUGACAUGAUCGCAUGGGGCGAGAGGCGGAGAGAACAGGACCCUGGGUUUUUCUGUCGCCUUGCCCAGAUGGGCGCCACGCAACCUAUAUGGAUUGUGAGUGAUGCCAGGCGCCUGUCAGAUCUCCAAUGGUUCUCAGCGGAGUAUCCAGGCAAGACCCGCUGUAUUCGGGUUGAAGCUGCAGAACACACCAGGCGUCAGAGAGGCUGGGAAUUCAUGCCUGGGGUGGGCAAUUCCAGUCCUGGAGGGUCAGCAUAUGCAGGUUUUGGCUGCCAUUCAUGCACUUCAAGAAAGGAAUUGAUGAUGCAGAGUCAGAGUGUGGGCUGGACCGUGGGAUAAAUUAUGAUUGGAUUAUCCAUAACGAAGAAGAUUUAGUGCCAUUGGAGGAGCAAUUGCAAGCGCUCCUCUCAUUGGCACAGGAAAAAGCAGGAAUGGAAGUCAGAGGAGAACAGCCAACUUUUAUCAGGAACUGAAACGCAUGCUAACCUCGGAAACUACAUAAAUUAUUGAGCAUAUUUUUAUGCACAGUAUACUAGAAGUUCAGAUAAUUACCAGAGUGUGGUACUGACCUUGCACAGAGCACAAGGUAUACAAUUAUGCCAAAGGCUUCUGUUGUAUGGGGCAAAAUAUUGCGGUUAAAUCAAGGUCCAUAGGGGGACAAUACAGAGAUGUGUUUCUGAUACACCCGAGCUUCAGGGUCCAAAGUGUGUGGUCGUCUUGCAAUAAUGCAUUUCCAACUUCACCUUUAAUGUAAUUAAAGCAUUGAAUGUC